GAGUAGGAAAAGUGAAGGUGUGUAGCGCCAAAGACGCCGCAACGCAUCGAGCUCGCGCCUCAGCAAUCCUAUUUAUCAGAAAAUAUAUUUAUAAACAAAAACAAACGGAGAGAACUGCUGUAUAUAUAAGCAAGAGAUGGGAGAACCGCUGGUUGUGUCCGUCUCGGCCAGCGCCGCGGGCAGCUCCGCCAAGGCGCUCAGCUACGUCGCCCUCCGCAGCCACGACGGGAAGCGCGUGAUACUCCCGGUCGCCGCCGCGGCCGGAUCUCGUGUUCUGCACGGCCUCUUUCAAGGCCUGAGCGUCAUGCAGCUGCAUCAGAGCGCCGCGGCUGGGGCGGAGACGGUGAGUGAUGAUGCGGUUCUUUCUGCGUCCGCACCGACCCCGCUCGAUGCAACGUUGAAAGCGAAGUCCGAAGAGCUCACAUCGGGCGCGCCGACCGCGGCGGAAUCGUUGCCCGUCAUCGAGGACGAUGAAGACGGUGCGGGGGAGCCGUACGUCCAAGAAGAAGGCAAAAGGCCGGCGGAGGAGGGGGGCGGGGCAGCGUUUUGCAGCUACGCCGCCGCCUUCCCCGCCAACGUGGUGUGUCAGCCGCCCUCCGCGUUUUCGUCCUCUCUCUUCUUGGCAUCCAGCAAUUUGUUAGAGGUGCCGAUACGCGCGCUGGAGUCGACCACGCUGGCCCGCGUUGCGGAGUUUCUGGUGGUGAAGUGCACGCUGGCGAGUCAUCCGCACUACCUGCACGAGGCGGACGUCUUCGGCGACCUCGACCGGACGUCGGAGCGAGAUCAGCUAACGGCGAUGCAGGUGCUGCUGGGUGCGGAUUUCCUCAACUGCUAA